GCUUAGCCUACCGCUUAGCUGGUCGAAGCUCGUGUUGCCGCCCCAUUUGCUGUGUUUGUUCGGCAGCCGCCAACUGCACUAGCAAACGCGGCAGUGCACUCAGCCCAUCAGGCCUUGCUUCGGCGUGCGAUUAGUGUGAGGGAUAGUCCCAUCUCGGGUCUACGUUGAGCCAUGUCUCGGCCCUUGGCUCCGUUCUUCAACGCAACAGCCAAUCUAUGGCCAGGACCGGCACACAGCAUGAGACUUUUCCUUGGUCGGUGUUAUUUGGGCAACAUGAGCGAAGUAGGUAGCACUUUCCGUGCACGGGUUCCCUCUCGGGAUGGAGCGCAGUGGUGCAUCCGUGGUCUUUGUCGCAUUCGAGGUCCGCUUGCGCUCAAUACCUGUCUUGCAGCAGCAUGCGGCGGUACAUCUGUCUGCCCGCGGCAGCGCGUGCGCCAGUUUCUUCGGGUAACCUCAUGCGAAACAGGUACAGAUCGGUGUACCAAUCCAGGUAACUGUCGAUUGAGGGACCUGGUGACGAUAGCGGCCCGUGUCAGAAAGGAUGCCUGUAAGCGCAGUACCAAAUGUUUCGGCGAUAGCACAUACAUAGAGAGUGUGUCCGUAUCCUUAAUCCCCCCUUCCAUCCUUCACUUCACCACAUAAGGCCUGCUCUCAUUCCUCUGAUGGGGCAGGGAUGAAACAAAACUGUUAAUCUUCCGAUGUCGAUGGGCCAGGAUGCAGCCCAUGCACCCAUCGCGGUGUACGUACGGGUACGUUGU